AUGGAUAUUCAAAAGCUGACCAGUGCUACAAUAAAUUUUGAUCAAUCUGAAAUAGAUGAAAAAAUUAAUUCUAUACAUUCUAAAGUUAAUGAAUUGGGAAAGGAUACUAAAACUUCUUGGUUACUGAAGGCAAUAGGCUUCUUAGACUUAACAACUUUGGGAAGUGAUGAUACACCUGCCAGAGUUGAAGCUUUAUGUGCAAAAGCAGUAAAUCCUGUUAAAUUGUCAAAUUUUUCAAACUUGCAUACUGCAUCUGUAGCUGUAUAUCCUUUGAGACUACCAGAUGUAAUAUCUGCAUUGAAAAAAUUUGAUAAAGAACAUAAAAUUUCCAGAGCUACUGUGGGUGGAGGGUUUCCCUCUGGGCAAUAUCCAUUGGAAACACGUCUUCGCGAAGUAGAAAUAGGUGUUGAGCUAGGAGCUGAUGAGAUUGAUAUUGUUAUUAAUCGACCAUUAGCUCUAAUGCACCAAUGGAAAGAGUUAUACGAAGAAUUGAAAUCAUUUCGUAUUGCUUGUGGCAAUAAAGUAUGUUUAAAAGUCAUACUUGCCACAGGAGAACUAGGUAAUUUAGAAAAUGUAUAUAAAGCAUCUGUAGUAGCAAUGUUGGCUGGAGCAGACUUUAUCAAAACAUCUACUGGAAAAGAAGCAAUAAAUGCUACUUUGCCAGUUGGGAUUGUUAUGUGUCGUGCAAUCAGAGAUUAUUAUGAAUUUACCAAAAGAAAGGUUGGUUUAAAACCUGCUGGUGGUAUUAAGGUUUCACAAGAGGCUUUAGAAUGGAUGAUGUUAGCUCAAAUGGAAUUAGGGGAUGAAUGGAUGACUAAAGAUUUAUUUAGAAUUGGAGCAUCUAGUUUACUGGACAACAUUGUUGAAACAAUACAGUUGAACUAA